CCGUUUUAUAGCUCCACCCGCUCUCUCGACUGCUUUCAUCCUAAUCCGAUACCCCAACGAGUAACGUACCGGCAAUGCUGCUCCCGCUCUCGCUCUCCAUAACGCUUCUCUCGCUCGUUCUCGAUACGCUCGCAGCUCCUCGCCCCGCUGCAUCUGGCUUGCAUGUCGGGCUCUCGCGCAGGACACCUCAAAAGACCAAGCGCAGUCCCACGGAGGUCGCUGCGUCGUUACAAAGGCGGAAGUUGGCCCUGGAGGCCAAGUAUGGCAUCGGCCACGCCAAGAAUAACAAACGGUCAUCUGGCAUGAACCUACUAACGAAUGAAGCUGCCGACUCGAGCUAUUUUGCUUCGUUAGCCAUUGGCACUCCCGCAGUUUCCUUUGAUGUUAUUUUGGACACAGGUUCAUCUGAUCUGUGGGUGGCUGGAGCGAGCAGCGGCUCGGCCAGCAGCAUCCCUAGUGGCAUCGCCAUGUUCGAGUCCACCAAGUCCACCUCGUUCACGAACCUCAGCACCGCAUUCGAGAUCACGUAUGACUCGGGCGAGGCGGCGGGCUACCUCGGGAAGGACACCGUGCAGCUCGCGGGCUUCGAAGUCAAGGCGCAGACAUUCGCCGUCGUCGACGAGGUGUCGAGCGGUGUGCUGACGACGCCCGUAUCCGGUCUGAUCGGCAUGGCAUGGCAGUCCAUUGCCUCUUCAGGCGCGACGCCAUUCUGGCAGGCGCUCGCAGAGGCGAAUGGCACGCUGUCCGAGAACGUGUUCGGCGUGCAGCUGACUCGGUACAACAACGACUCGAAGGCACAGGAGCUCGAGCCUGGAGGCACCUUCACUCUCGGCGCGACCAACGCGAGCCUGUACACCGGCGAGCUUGACUUUCAGGAUAUCCCUAGUGGCGAGGUUGGAUAUUGGAUUCAGGAGGUUGCUGAAAUCACUGUUGGAGGCACUGCCAUCACCCUGACGUCCGGCUCUGACUCAUAUGCUGCGAUCGAUACUGGCACUACAUUGAUUGGCGGGCCUUCUGCUGCCAUCGCUGAGAUCUAUGCCAAGGUUGACGGCGCUGUCGCUGGUACGGGCAACCUUGAAGGAUACUACACCUACCCUUGCUCUACCAGCGUCACCGUGGCGUUCAAGUUCGGUUCGAGCUCAAACUCCUGGUCGGUCUCUCCGGAUGAUUUCGAGUUUGAACAGGCGAACGAAGACGGCAGUGAGUGCAUCGGCGCGUUCUUCGUCAUCGACAACGCCGGCACGAGCGCACCCGCGUGGAUCGUCGGCGAUACGUUCCUCAAAAAUGUAUACGCCGCGUUCCAGUACGACCCACCGGCGGUCGGCUUCGCCGCGCUGUCCGAGACUGCGCAUGCGAUGAACGGCGCGGUCGCGUCUGCGCCGAGCGCGACGAUUGGCUCGGUGCAGGCGGCGGUGAGCGCGACUGGGAGCGUCGACACGAGCGACACGAGCGGCGCUGCGAGUGUGCGCGGCGCGGGAUUGGGGCUGGUCAGUGUGGCUGCUUCGGUGAUCGUGGCUGGGCUGCUGCUGUGAUCGCCGUUCUCCGCCUUGAUGACACGGUGUGGGACUGUUAAUGUCAUGUUGCUCGUUGUAAUGCCUUUUUUGCUUUCAUCUGCAUACUCGUUGCCAGCGGACGGUGGAGUGUUUCUGAUGAUGGACUGCCGAUGUAUGGACGGGCGCAUGUUAUGUUUCCUUACACGGUUCUUGCUUGUGCGUGAUUACUUA